ACCCUGCUACUCGGAAAUGCAAAUGCCUCACAUCAUAAUUCUCAAGGUUGUACCAAAAGCUUCUUUACGAAAAGCGUGGGUUGGCAUACGAAAGAGACAACCAAAGCAAGAACCAAUACUACUAUGCCGCAAUUGAAUCGAGAAAGGAGUCAACAAGAACAACGUCGACGAACGCGGGGGCGUUAUCAAGUCUUCCUAGCGGUUGGAUCCAACCAAGGAGAUUCAUUUGCAAGUAUAGACACCGGACUUCAGCUCUUAUGCGACCCUACUUUUUCGGACGACCCCUACCUUCCCACAGAGCUUGUUCGAUCCUCGUUUUUAUACUACACCAAGCCAAUGUACGUGACGGAUCAACCCUCCUUUUGGAAUGGUGCCGUUGAACUGGAUACCGAUUACGAUCCACCGUCGUUGUUGCGACGUUUGAAACGUGUUGAAGAGUAUCUUGGCCGUAACUUUACACAAAUUCGCAACGGACCACGACCGUUGGAUAUGGAUAUUCUGCUCUAUUACGACAACGAUAAUAUCGACAAAGAAUCAAGCGAGGCGAUGCCAACAUCGGCGUCGGUUCCAUUAGUAGUAGAAACACCUAACUUGGUGAUCCCACAUUGUCGCUUACAGGAACGGGAGUUUGUUUUAGCUCCAUUAAUAGAUGUUGCUGGGAGAAGUUUGAUCCACCCAACAAGUUCAACUGCUUCAAGUUCAGGUUCUGAGCAAGAACUAGAAAAGGAUACCACCUUGGGCGAUAUUUUGGAUAAUCUUGUCAGAUCGAAAGAGAAUAGUGAUGCGGACGAACCCAGCGCAAUUCGACUUUUGCCUCUCCCCCGAGAACGAUUUCUCUUGUUCGAUCGAACGCUGAUCAUGGGUAUACUGAACGUAACCCCUGAUUCCUUCAGUGAUGGUGGAAAGUGGACGGACGACGUAGAUCGAGCUGUGGCACGUGCAAAAGAAAUGGUCGAGGAGGGAGCGACGAUCAUUGAUAUUGGGGGAGAAUCUACAAGACCAGGAGCAACUGAAAUUGAAGUUGAGGAGCAAAUACGACGAACAGUUCCAGUCAUUGAAGCGUUACGGAAGCAAUCGAAAGAAGUGGUUGUGUCUAUCGACACACGGCACGCUGCUGUGGCUAAAGCAGCUAUUGAGGCAGGUGCAGAUAUCGUAAACGAUGUUUCUGGAGGAUCCCACGAUCCAAACAUGCUGUCAACUGUAGCAGAUUUGAAGGUGCCUAUCGUGUUAAUGCACAUGAGAGGAACUCCCGAGUCAAUGCAAGGCCUCACUGAUUACGAUGAUCAAGGGGGUGCUGUCGAUGGAGUCACCAAGGCUUUACUUGAUCGAUCUCGAGCAGCCGAAGAGGCUGGGAUUCCGCGAUGGUUACAAAUACUCGAUCCAGGUAUUGGUUUUGCGAAGGAUAUAGAUGGAAAUCUCAGUCUACUGAAGCACUAUUCGGAUCUAAGAAUGAAGCUUGGUGAUUUUCCGUUGUUGUUGGGGACCAGUCGGAAGGGAUUCAUCGGAAAAUUGAGUGGCGAGUCCGAAGCAGAGAAACGCGAUUUUGGGACUGUUGCAUCUUGCGUUGCAGCGCUUUGUCUAGGAAAGCGUGGAAAUAAUAGUUCCCUCGGAUGUAAUAUUCUACGGGUACACAACGUGAAGGGCGCAAAACAGGCAAUUGCAGUUAUGGAUGCCAUAAUUGAAGCUCAAUGAUGACAGAGUGAUUCAUUUAACCGAUAUUUAGUCGAGGUACAAACAUGAUUACUAGCUCCAGCUGACUCUAGAGUCUUUGAAAACAAAUUUAAAGAAUGCGU